UCAUAGCAGCGGGAACGGGUGCGGAGCGCGAGCUUCACACCUGACAGUUGGUGGCGAAGAAAGCGCGAGAAAGGCCUCGGCCGCUCGAUUCCACUUGACUGGACUGGGACGGUUUAAGCGAACCUGACGAAGACGGCAUAGCAUAGAUUGUAGCUACACUCUGCAACUGUGUGGAACUCCUCCAGGUCUCUUCAUGGUCAACAGAUGCAUCUGCUGGAUUAGUAGGAAAUAUUAACAGGAAUAGAGCUGAUCUUCCCAGGAACGGACUGUUGGACCUUGAAAGUGGCUCCACAAGUGGUCUGAUACAGACGGAAUUGCUGGACUAUCGGGUCUGAUGGUACCAGGCAAUCAUUGAACCGUUGUGAGGCUUCCCACCCACAUCCGCAUUUACAAGAGUGCAAGAUGUCUGAAUCGCAGACAAUAUGGACUUCAGGCACAGAAUGUAUAGCCAAAUACAACUUCAAUGGCAGUGCAGAACAGGAUCUCCCCUUCAAUAAGGGAGAUGUUCUUACUAUUAUUUCAGUCACCAAGGAUCCAAACUGGUACAAAGCAAAGAAGGAAGGUCAAGAAGGAAUAAUCCCUGCUAACUAUGUCCAGAAGAGAGAAGGGGUCAAAUCUGGUGCAAAGCUUAGUCUUAUGCCCUGGUUCCAUGGGAAAAUCACUCGUGAGCAAGCUGAACAGUUGCUGCAUCCGCAUGAAGAUGGAUUAUACUUGGUACGAGAAAGUACCAACUACCCUGGGGACUACACACUGUGUGUGAGUUGCACCGGGAAGGUGGAACAUUACAGGAUCACUUAUGCAGCAAGCAAACUCAGUAUUGAUGACGAGGUCUAUUUUGAUAACUUGAUGCAGUUGGUAGAGCAUUACACCACAGACGCUGAUGGACUAUGUACACGACUAAUCACACCCAAACUUAUGGAAGGCACUGUGGCGGCUCGGGAUGAAUUCUCUAGAAGUGGCUGGGCACUAAACAUGAAAGAUCUCAAAAUAUUGCAAACAAUAGGAAAAGGAGAAUUCGGAGAUGUGACGUUGGGUGAACAUAGAGGCAACAAAGUAGCUGUCAAAUGCAUUAAACACGAUGCGACUGCACAGGCGUUUGUUGCUGAGGCAUCUGUAAUGACGCAACUCCGUCACAAUAACUUAGUUCAGCUUUUGGGUGUCAUUGUGGAAGAAACAGGGUCUCUGUACAUUGUAACAGAAUACAUGGCAAAAGGCAGUUUGGUGGAUUAUCUGAGAUCAAGAGGAAGGUCUGUUCUAGGUGGAGAAUGUUUACUGAAGUUUUCCAUCGAUGUCUGUGAAGCAAUGGAAUACCUGGAAGCAAAUAAUUUUGUACAUAGAGAUUUAGCUGCUCGAAAUGUCCUGGUCUCCGAAGAUAACAUAGCUAAAGUUAGUGAUUUUGGUCUAACAAAAGAAGCCUCAUCAACACAAGACACAGGGAAGCUCCCAGUGAAAUGGACUGCACCUGAAGCUCUUAAAGAAAAGAAAUUUUCUACUAAAUCAGAUGUAUGGAGUUUUGGGAUUCUUCUAUGGGAAAUCUACUCCUUUGGGCGAGUGCCUUAUCCCAGAAUGCCUCUGAAAGAUGUUGUUCCUCGUGUUGAGAAGGGAUACAAAAUGGACCCGCCUGAUGGUUGUUCUCCUGCUGUUUAUGAUCUGAUGAAAAUAUGCUGGGAGCUUGACCCUGAUCGGAGACCAACUUUCAAGCAAUUACAAGAAAGGCUACACCAUGUCAAAACAAAAGAACUUUAUCUGUGACACCAGAAAUGCCGUCGAACUUUAAAACAAAAACUGCUCGACAUUAAACCAAGAGUGCUGAGACUUUUACAAGGCGGUCUUCUUAAACAUAUGAACCCAGCAUAUCAUGGCCUCGUGACUUGUUUCCCUCUAUGUGUACUGUGAUGCAGUGUCCCUCAAUCCCCCAUUAAAGAAGCAUGCUUAAACACGUCUGUCAAGUUCAGUCCUUGUGGUAUUUGUUCUGUGCCAAGUGCCUCCAGCCACAAAGACGGUGCUUAUUUGCUUAUCUGUACUUCGCAAAACAUUGUUUCUACCAAAUGCAUUUCAUGAUGACAAGGUUUGGUAAUAAAAAAAAUUCUUUAACUAGAAUAACACAAUUUCAUGUUUGCUUUUCCCCAUCUGAAUUUGCUUAGCCGGGUUUUUAAUACUUAAAAGGUAGUGAUCUUUUUUUAAAAAAAUGAUUUUUUUAUGUUCUGUAAUGUUUACUCAUUUGAUGUAAACUCAUUGAUGCAUGUAGUGUGGGAAGCAUUCAUUCCUGUCGGUGCAUUACAUUCAUCUUAGCUGCCAAGGAUGAGAUUAUAAUAAUGAAAUAAACCAUUCCAUGUGAUCAUUU